GCUUAAGUGUCAUUGAAUAAAAGGGACAAAUCGCCUCUACACGCAAUCCGAGAGAAAUUCGACUACUCUAAUAUUAUGCUGGAGAUGAUCAUUAGUAUUGUCACUUUUUCGGUUGUGCCUCAAAUCUUCAUUGCAAAACCCAAUCCUUCUGAUCUCCAUGUUAUAUUCACGAAUCGCAACGCACCUCGAGAGGUGAAAGCGCGACUCGAGUUAUAAGAAUUUAGGACCAUUGAAUAGCCUGGAUAAAAAACGCGUCGCCAAAGCGAUUUGUGCGGAACAUUUGAUUAUACCGAAAUGAAUAAAGCGACAUUUGCGAUUUCAUACGGUCGGGAAGCCGAUGCAAACUCGGCAGUGAUAUCGUCAUCAUUAUUAUUUCAGCCCACACUUGGCUGUCUCCACCGUCCGAACCGAGGUUUUGUGCAUAGCUGCCUGGACUUUUGUUUUUGUUGGAUUACUGAUCAUCUACACCACAUGUAACAGUGUUGAAAAUUUUGACGUUGUACUAUAAAGAUUUGGUUUUCGAUUACCUUCUCGACGCUCGUUUAAUUAUAGCACCAACCUAACCACCUUGCCUGGCUACAAGAGUAUCAAUCAAGAUGUCGGCAGACUCGACGAUUCUCCGCCACGCCGGUUUCAUGCAGCUGAGUCAAGGAGUAUCCCUUUAUUCGCCAUUACAGCAAGGCACUCCGACUGAAAAAUCCAACUCGACACAAUCAAACCCAGAUGUCAUCAUCAUCUGUGCCUGGGGAUUCGCCCAAGCAAGACACAUUGCAAAAUACAUUGACGGACACAAAUCUCUCUACCCAACCGCCAAAAUUCUCCUCAUCAACAACUGCGUCGCAAACAUGAUGUGGAAAUCAGACACUUCCCAGAUGCAAUGGUUCCAGCCUGCCGCCACAGUUCUUCGAGGAUACAUGGACUCAACGCCCGACCUAAAAGUUUUGCUUCAUUUAUUCUCCAACACUGGCUCUCAUUCCGCUGUUCAACUUUCCGAAGCCUGUGAGAAGAAUCAUCGACCAUUCGCGCUGCCCGUCACAUCAAUUAUCUUCGAUUCUUGUCCUAGCAUGCCCAUCUUCGCGCCAAUGGCCAAUGCACUCGCGCUAGGCUCGCCCUCCAAGAACAUACUGAUCGCCUUUAUGGCGAAGGCUGUGGCAUACAGUAUCAUCGGGGUGACGCUUGCUCUCGAGAAAGCAGGUCUUGUGACUCACGUAGCCACGAAACUUUACGCUCGGUUGAACUCCACAAACGAUGUGUUUCUUAUGCGAAGGGCUGCUACUGCAGAGCAGGUUGCUCUACGCCCGAUACCAAGGGCUUAUAUAUAUGGUCCUAGCGAUGAUAUGAUCCCUGUGUGUCAAGUGAUCCAGCAUGCAGAUAUUGCAGUAGAGAACAUGUCGGCGUGUGGAGUCGACGAUGCAUCGAAGUAUGUGACAAUGGAGGAAUUUGUGGGAAGCCCACACGUGAAUCAUGUCAGAUUCGAGAAGGAGCGUUAUUGGGACAUCAUCAAAGACACCUGGAAGAGGAGUGUUAAUGUUUGAAGAUGAGGAUGAGGAGGGACGGUUUCUCGUCCUGUCAGACGAAGCAACCAUUCCCCUUCGUAUUUGUCUGUGUGGUUUUAAUUCUGACGAAUCGAUAGAGUAGGAAGAAUGAGGCAUGUUCGUAGGAUUACUAUGCUUGAAGGUCUACACACCAUUCCUCCAACUAACACCGUUGUAAAUACGCGGCACGCCCUUUCGAUGGCAUGCAUGACCCGAUAGGGAAGUGGGGCUUUGGGGCUCGAUGACCAAACCUUCAUGUUCAAAGGAAUGUUUACAUGAGGAUAAAUACAGAAGCCUCGGCAAGAAUUUGACCAAUUCAGCCCAGGCUAAUGAUACCGAUUUCGGCCCUAUAGAUACGGUACCAAUCGCCAUGCAUUCGGG